GUGCCGAACGCAUUUUGCACGAUAAUUUGCACGCGAAGAAAAUGAGACUGACGAGAAAAAGACUCUGAUAGAAAAAAGAAACAAGUAGAAAAUGAUAUUUUAAUAGCAUCCGAAAAAUUUCGUAUUUUGCUAGAUUUUCUGGAUGUACCACUGUGCUAUACGUGUACUAUGCUAACGAAAACUAUGCAAUUUGCUGCUGGUUCCAAAACUACAGCAAUACGCAAAGAAACAGGAAGUUGAGCAAUAAACAGAGAUAAGAUAUUUCGCUAAGAAUAGAUGUUGAUGUAAAUUUUUGUAACAGUCGCCUGCUCACUAUGCUAAAGUUUAUUCCGACUCUAUCCCAUAAAUCGCUUGAAUUUCGAGUGUUUUCCCGCGAAAUAAACGAAUCGACGAUACUUGCGGUUAAUUUAAGUAAUCUUGUGGAAUCAGGUGAGCUGGCCGCUCGGGAAACUGUAUAUCCGUGCAGAGUAUGCGGCAAGAUCUACUCGAAAAAAUCUUCCAUGUAUACGCAUCUCCGCCUUUGCGGAAAGGAACCGAAAUUCAACUGCGUCCUUUGCGGAAGGAGAUUCAAGUACAAGCACAGAUUGCAGUCGCACCUUACCUCGAAUUUGCAUAGUCAAGGAUUUUAAUAAUGCGUUGGAAAUGAAGUCCAAUUCUCACGUCUCACCACGCAUUUCUUUCUUAUGGACAAUGUGUGAUGCUGACCUAUUUCAUUUUUAUUUUAUAGACGAUGCGUGAUGCUGCCCCUAUUUCACUUUUUUUCGAUAUUCGAUCAUCUAUUCCAUAUUUUUCAUCGGAAUAUUUCAGAAUAUCAAUUUUGUACAAAUUAAUCGGAAAAUCUUACCACUACUAUACAAAGUUUAGGAAAUUGAGGGCUUCCAGCAGAUUGUAAGCGAACUUGUUAGAAAAUGAAUAAAGGUUCGUUAAAAAUUUAA